UUAUAAAUAUAAGCACCAUCUCUCCCCACGUCCAACUUCUUUACUUCGGUCUAUCUAUUCACUACAACUUACACUUGAUAUGUUCAAGGUCACAAACGUGUAUGUGAUUGGCCUAUUCGCCACCAUUGGUGGUCUACUCUUUGGAUGCGACAUUUCUUCCAUGUCCGGCUUGGUCAGUAACCAGACCUAUAUGGAUUACUUUGGAGUCGCAGACUCUCCUGCCAAGGCCGGUGCUGUUGUCGCCGUCAUGUCUGCUGGUUCUUUCGUUGGUGCUUUGGUUGCUGGUGUUCUUUCCGACAAGCUUGGUCGUAAGGAAACUAUCUUGAUUGCUGCCAUUUGCUGGAUUAUUGGUUCCACUCUCAUGUGUGCUGCUCAGAAUUUGGGUAUGCUCAUUGUUGGUCGUAUCAUUAACGGUUUUGCUGUUGGUGGUGCCUCUAUGGUUGUCCCUGUUUACCAAUCUGAAAUUGCUCCUCGCAACAUUCGUGGUCGUAUUGUCUCUUUCCAGCAAUGGGCCAUUACCUGGGGUAUCCUUAUUCAAUACCUCGUUCAAUAUGGUUGCUCUUACGUCCCCGGCGCUGACACUGGCAACACUGCUGUUUUCCGUAUCCCAUGGGGUAUCCAAAUGAUUUGGGGUAUUGGUCUUGCCAUCUUCAUUCUCGGUUUCCCUCAAUCCCCUCGUUGGUUGGCUGACAAGGACCGUUGGGAUGAAUGCUUGGCCACCCUUGCUGACCUUCACGCCGGUGGUGACAUCAACAAUGAGGAAGUUCAAUUCGAGUACCGUGAAAUUCAAGCUGCUGUCAAGUUCGAUCGUGAACAAGGUGCCAACUCUUACAUCGAAUGCUUCAAGCAAGGUUAUGCCGGACGUACUAUUCUCGGCAUGUGUAUCCAGAUGUGGUCUCAAUUGACUGGCAUGAACGUCAUGAUGUAUUAUAUCACUUUUGUGUUCCAAGGGGCUGGUCUCCAAGGUAACACUGCCAACUUGACCGCUUCCCUUGUUCAGUACAUUCUCAACGUGCUCAUGACCAUCCCGGCCAUUUUGUACUUGGAUCGUUGGGGUCGUCGCCCUACUUUGAUUUACGGUGCUGCUGCUAUGUCCAUUUUCUUGUUCAUCGUCGGUGCUAUUAUGGGAGGUCGCGGCCAUGCUGUUGUAACUGAUAACCCGUCUGUCAACUGGUCUUUGGACCCAAGUGAUAAGUCAUCUUCCAUUGCCUUGAUUGUCAUGAUCUAUCUCUUCGUCUGUUCUUUUGCUACCUCAUGGGGUCCUUGCUCUUGGACUUACCCCGCCGAAAUCUUCCCUCUUCGUAUCCGUUCCAAGGCCGUCGCUCUUGCUACUGCUACCAACUGGGCCUUUAACACUGGUCUUGCUGAAUGGGCUCCCCCUAUGAUGGAGGCCAUCCAGUACAAGGCUUACUUUUUCUAUGCUUGCAUGAACCUUGCGGCUUGUAUCCAUGUCUACUUGGCUUGCCCUGAAACCAAGGGACGUACUCUUGAAGAGGUCGAUGUUCUUUUCACCUCUGGUGUUCCUGCUUGGAAGUCCAGCCAUGUUGCUUCUGAAGAAUUGGCUGCCAAGAUUGAAGCCACUGAGGACGAGAAGCCCGCCGAUGUUACUGCAUAAAUUCCUUAAUCUUCUUCCCAUUAUGACCCUCUACCCAUUGUAAUCAUCCCUUCUUAGUCCUUUAUCAAAAACGUAGCCUUGGUAGCUACUACACAACAUACAUAUUCAUAUUAUUUCCCAAAAAAUAGUGUGUUGUUGAAUGACUGUUCUCCCCUAGUAAUGUCAUCUAUAUAUCUCUCCGCGAACAAUAAAAUGGUUACCAUAAUCUUUU